GUACUUUUUCCUAAGGGUCAUACGUGACAGAAAACAACUUGAGUAGGCUAACCUCUGCCAAUGUAGGCUAUUAAAGCCAUAGUUUAUACUCAUUACUGCAGAAGUCUUCCAGCACACGUUCUCUGCUUCUGUAGGCAUUCUGGUGCAAUUCCAGCGAAAUAUAGCUAGGACGGAGUAGAUUCACCUCCUCACUCUGAUACAACAGCUGAGAAAGCAGACAGACCAUCACCUAUCUCAACAAUGAAGUCAGCAGCUCUCCUCACACUUCUGGCUGUCCUGCUCUUCGUAGAUGUGAGAGGUAAGGGCUCCAGUCAUCUGCUGACCAAGGUGCUACAUGGUGGUCUGUAUCUGAAGUUUACAUCUACUUGUGUCCUCAUUGUCACUUUGAAGGAUAAUGGAGGACAAAAGUGCCUGAAUCCAGAGAGCAGUUUUGCCAAGAAUUUCAUCAAGAAAGCCAUCAAAAGGAGAUAA